CACUGAUAGGUGGCACUGACUGGCACUGAUAGGUGACACUGAAAGGCAGCUCAGAUGGGCACUGAUAUGUAUCAUUGAUGUGCACUGGUAGGCACUGAUAUGUUGCAUUGAUGAGGCACUGAUGGGCACUGGCAGGUGGCAUUGAUGAGCAAUGAUAGCUGGCAUUGAUGGGCACUGACAGGUGGCACUGCUGGGGCUACACUGAUCAUCAGGGCACACUGAUCAUCAGUGCCCUGAUGAUCACUGUCAGCGUGACAGCUCGUGAGGAGAAAAAUGCCGAUAACCGACAUUUCCCUAUUUACAUGUGAUCAGCUGUGAUUGGA